AUGUCAGUUGAAGCCGAUUUCAACGAUGGAGCCGAAUUAGACGUUCCGCCGUUCUCAAAACUUCUUCAUCCAUCGUUCCUUGUGCCGUUUACUGUAUAUUUCGCCUGUUUUCGACUUGCUAAUUUAUAUGUGAAGACUUCCCUCUGGCACAACUAUACGGAUUUCAAUCGUUCGUACUCCAAGUUUUCCAGAAGGUAUCGACUGCAGAAUUUGUCAAUUUGCCUUCUCCAUUCUGUGAUUGCGGGUGUCUGGUCAAUAGUUUUUUUCUUCAUAUACACAAAAGAGAUGUUUGAGAAUGUCAUCCACUGGUAUCAACCAUGGGCUGUUCACUUGCCGAUUAUUUCAAUUGCUUAUUUCGCACAUGACGCUCUUGAUAUGAUCAAUCACGAGUGGUCCCGGUGGGCAACCGAGUUGCUUCUCCAUCACAUCGCCGCCAGCUUUGCUCUGCUCUGUGGUAUUCUGCCUCGCAAAUUCUUGCUGGCAAAUUAUUGGGCUUUGCUGAUGGAAGGUAACAGCAUAUUCCUGCACAUGCGCACCAUCAUGCAAAUCUCCGGACAGUCCGUACAACAUCCAGCAUUUUAUAGAGCGGUAAUUCGUUGCAAUAUCGUAUCUAUGGUCGUGUGUCGUUUUCUUUCGCAAGCACUAUUUGUUCAAUGGGCGCUGCACCACGUCGGUCGGAUGCACCCGUUCUUCGCCUGUGUUGCCGUGGGUGGACCAGCCAUUUUCGCCGUUAUCAACGUCAUGCUCUUUUUCAGAAUACUCGUCGCCGACGGAUUUCUCGAUAAGCAGUGGCGGUCAAUGGUGGCGAUAAACAGGUAA